AAGUAAUGCCGGAGAUCAUAUAAAAUGAACGAUUCACCACCACUCGUCACUCAUUCGUUAGUUUGAACUCAACACGGAUAACCGAGCAACAUGCUUAAAUACGUGACAAUUGCGUGUGUGUUGGCCGCGCUGUGCUCGGCGGCGCCGCAGCAGGACGUGCAAAUCCUACGGUUUGACAACGACGUCAACGUGGACGGAUACAGUUUUGCAUACGAAACCAGCGAUGGUACAUCAAGACAGGAAGAAGGUAAACUUGACAAUCCGCAAUCAGAAAACGCCGCCCUAACCGUCACCGGUCAAUAUGCUUUCGUUGCUCCCGACGGCAAGCACUACACGGUCACCUUCACCGCAGGUCCCAACGGCUACCAACCCAAGACAUCACUCGGACAAAAGAAAUAAACAUAAGAAUUCCCUCACUUCCAGCCAAUUGUAUAUAUCAGUUUAAUUACCAAUCAACAAAGUUAAUGCUAAGGUUUCGACUGCAGUGAUACUUGUGACACAUACAGUCAUCUCUCACAUUCUCUUUGUUAUAACAGAGACAAUGAUAUGUGUCAAUACAAAUGUGGCGGCAGUUGAACCCCCACAGUUAUGAAAUAACUCGAACAAAAAGCUCUCGAUCUCAGUUAUUUCUAAAUAACAUUGAGCACAGUAUCGCCGUUCUAACAUCUAAAUUGUGCCAUAAGAUAAAUUUUGCUACUUUUAUAUCCAUGCCCUAUAAAUAAAUAAAUAAAUAAUUAA